UUGUGCGAACAAGCUCUUCAAAUCUUUUGACAACGUGACAAUCCUUCACCGAAUGGAUGGGGGUCAUUUCAGGGCACUUCGUGUGAAAAUUAUCUAAUGGCUAACGACUCGAACAGAUGAUAAUGGUGGAUUGAAGCUAAAUUCAAACUCAGAUUUUGCCGUCCCUCAAAUCGGAUAGGGAGAGUAAUUUCAAUUCAACGGGUUGGAGUGCCAAAUUAUGUAUUUUAUUGCCGACAUGUUGCACAUCAGUUGAAACUUAAUUUCGGUGGAGUUUGACCAGUUUUUCAUUACCUGUUUUGAUUCAUAUUGGAUGGAUGGCGAGUGAGUGAGUUAUCUAAUAAGUGCAGAUAUCUAUGGACAAUGAAGACCACUCGCAAGUGCAGGGCACUGCUGUCCGUUAGUAUGAAUCUUUUAGCACUAUUUUUCUCAAUAACUGCUUUCAUCACAACAUACUGGUGCGUCGGCACGCAGCGCGUCCCCAAGCCGAAGUGCACUAAACUUCGCACGCACAACUGCAUCGAUUAUGGAGUGAACGAGACGGACCCCAAAGUAGUGGUGUACAGUUGGGAAACGGGGGACGACCGGUUCCUAUUCAGACAGUUCCACACCGGGAUCUGGUUCUCCUGUGCGGAGAAUAUCCAUGAUGAAGGUGAGAAAUGCAGGAGCUUUAUCGAUCUGGCUCCGGCUUCAGAGAGAGGGCUCCUGGGUAUGGUGGCCCACAUGAUGUACACACAGGUGUUCCAGGUGACAGUCACCCUGGGCCCUGCAGACUGGAGGCCCUAUAACUGGGACUACGGAUGGUCCUUCUGCAUGGCCUGGGCAUCCUUCACCUGCUGCAUGGGUGCAUCAGUCACCACCCUCAACUCCUACACCAAGACUGUCAUCGAGUUCCGACACAAACGCAAGACCUUCGUGCAGAGCAUCCGAAAGGAGCAGGCGCGGCAGGCGUUGGGAUACUACCGCGAUCACUCCCUGCGCUCCAUAUCCCAAACCGUGGAGGUGUACACACAGACGCCGUACAGCAGUGGUAUUAGGACGCACGUACCGGCCGCGUCGUUAGACCCGAGUGACAUAUCAGAGACUCUGGGGGAAGACCAGUGCUGAAGGGAGGGAUCCCAGCGGGGCAAAACUGGUUACAACUGGUUCCCAUGAUGUCGCAGUUAUGUCAUUUUUAACCAUUUUCUGGUUGUGCUGAUGUUAUUUCAUCGUCAUUUCAACUCGGAUGUGUCGAAUGUAACUGUGUGAAGUCAGUGCUAUCAAAUUGUGAUCCGUCACCUGUGUUGGGUCUUUUGGGGAUUGUGUAGCAACUGAAUCCGUUCUGAUUGAAUUCAUCACUGCCUUAAUUGAGCCAGGAUAUUCACUCCCUUGUUCCCAGUUUGGGCGUUGAUAGUCAUGGAAAGACAGCCGUGUACACACUGAUCAUACAACUAGAUGAUCUGACACACAAGGAAAGCCGCAAUCAAUAACAAUAGCGUUUCACCCUGUUUCAGUUAAAAGCUGAGGAAUGGAGCUGGAGAAAUGUAACCACUCUCAAAUUGAGAGACAGAACUAUGGAUGCAAGGACUGAAUAUCCAUGAUAUCGACAUUAUAGUUUUAACCAUGUUUUGAGGCUGUGUAGUGUUUGUUUACAUUUACUUUGUUUUUCAAACAUUGGAGUAAAACAAGCUUCUAUUUUGGGUUCUAAUGGGGUCAGACAGUUGAACUGAUGAGGCAUUAAUGUUAUAUUCUUCAAUAAUUAAUUGGUACAUAUCAUUCAUUUGUAGGUUCAAAAAUGGAUGCCCCUUUAAACAAGAUUUGUAACAGAAUGCCCUCUA